AUGCCCGGUGUGGUCAUCCAUGUGCUGCGCAAUGGGGACACACUGACACCGGCUCGACGUAUCGUCAUCAAUACCUCACGGACUCGGACAAGAGAUGCUCUGGUGGACGAACUGGGUCAGGCCAUGGGCCUCAUCAACGGCUCGGCUCUCGCCCGCUUGGCCACUCUCUCCGGCACUCUGGUUAAGGACCCGAGUGGUCUCGUCUCAGGUGCCUACUACAUCGCUGCCUCGAAGACACUUCUUCAUCCUCUCUCUUCCAUCUGGCGAUACAAGGUGCCCAAGCACAUUCUCGACAAGGCGCUGUCCAAGGGCAAGUUUCCGCGACGAUCGCCAUCGACACGCUCGAGCAAGUCCGGUCGCGGUCGAGGAGGCGCCAGCAGCUCCGGCCGCAGCUCGCCUGUGCCACCGUCGUCGGCUCCCGAUCGUGCCACGCAUCCGCGAGUCGCCCGCAGGAAGCGUCGGAGCCAACUCCGCCGCGACGCCGCCCGCCAUCAGCCGGUCGUCAUCUGGAUCUGCCGCAACAACGAUGCCUUUACCGACCCGGAGCGCAUUCUCUAUCGCCCCGAUCGGCACAUGACUCUGGCGGCCUUUGUCGCCGCCUGUGAGCGCGUCCUGCCGCUGAUGGAGGGCGCCGCCACGCACCUGUGCGACAUGGGUGGCAAUGAGGUCUAUGACGUCUCGCAGUUCGAGUACGGCGAGACAUAUGUCCUCUGCGGUGGCCUUGUUCCGUUCCGCUUCAUCGACUACCCACGCGCGCCGGUCAUGAACUCAUCGGCCGCGCUGGCCGCCUCUGACGCCGUCCCGCGCAUCGCCCUCACCGACGCCAACACCUCACUCGACUCGUCGCGCGCGCCCACGACCUCGCUCUCGCCCACCCGCUCGCUGGUCAUUCUCGUCUACAAGAACGGGGACGAGUACUUUCCAGGCAUUGCGGUCAACGUGGCACAGCGGAUGUUCAAGUCUAUGCCGGGCUUCCUCGCCAGCCUUGCCGAGCGCCUCGACAUGCCGUGGGGCGUCCGCCGCCUCUACGCCUGCCCGUCGGGCGACCGGGUCCGCAAGCUCGCCCACCUCAUCAAUGGCGGCUUAUACGUCGCUGCCGGCAAUAAGGCCUACAAGCAUGUCGAGUACCCAAUGCCGUCACCACUCGACGACUCGGCCUCGUUUGAGCUCGAUGACGACACCAUCGUCAUGCCCGAGCGCCUCCGUCCGGCAACCCCCGAUCGCGAGUGGCGCAACACUUCGACCUACCGCCGCCGCGCCCGUGAAUGA